GUUCCCUCUUUCACUUCUCACUUACAUAAUGGCCAGCCACAAGAUCGCCAAGAACGGCCCUGCUGAUGAGAUUGAGCUCUCUGUCGCUCAAGCUCUCUUCGACUUGGAGAACAACGUUGCUGAUUUGAAGAAGGACCUUAAGCCUCUUCAGAUCUCUAGCGCUAAGGAGAUUGAGACCGGUAACGGCAAGAAGGCCAUCGUUGUCUUCGUCCCCGUUCCUCAGUUGAAGGCUUUCCACAAGGUCCAACAGAGACUCACUCGUGAGCUUGAGAAGAAAUUCUCUGACCGCCACGUCGUCUUUGUUGCUCAACGCCGCAUCAUGGCCAAGCCCACCCGCAAAUCUCGUGCCAAGCAGCAGCGUCCUCGCUCCCGCACUCUUACCUCGGUUCAUGAGAAGCUUUUGGAGGACUUGGUCUACCCCACUGAGAUCACUGGCAAGCGCACCCGUGUCCAGACUGAUCAACGCCGCAUCAUCAAGGUUUUCCUUGAUGCCAAGGACUCUACUUCCUUGGAGUACAAGCUUGAUACUUUCUGCGCAGUCUACAAGCGUUUGACUGGAAAGGAAGUUGUAUUUGAGUUCCCUGCCCACCACGCUGAAUAAAUAUUCUUUAUUUUUUUCUCGCUACAACUCUCAAUCUCUCUCUCUAGCCCUCUUCAUGCGGCUUACUCAGGGCUAUCGAUCAAAAUAAAAUGAUAUUGCCUCAUUGUUCACUUACAU